AUGGCAGAGGUUCAGGCCAAGCUCCAGUCCCUCUCGGAGGAGUUUCAAACCCUGCAGCAAGAACUCCAGGCAGCUGUGGCGUCGAGACAGAAGUUGCAGGCUCAGAAGACGGAGAACCUCGGUGUGCAAAAGGAGUUUGAGAGGUUAAAAGAUGGCGAGAGCAUCUACAAGCUGGUCGGCCCCAUCUUGCUGAAGCAGGACAAGAUCGAGGCCGACGGCACCGUCAAGGGCCGUCUGGAAUUCAUCACCAAGGAGCUGGAGCGCACAGAAGGACAAAUCAAGGAGGUCCAGCAGAAGAUCGAGCAGAAGAAGACCGAGAUCAUCCAGAUCCAGUCGGCGGCUCAGGCAAGCGCAGGAGGGGGCCAGGGCCAGGUGGCGGCUCAGGGGUGA